UUUGGCUCCAAUUAUUUCUCCGAGAGUGGCCCGAACUAAGGAAAAACAGUUUUACGUGUGUUUCGUGAUCCGGUGACACACAAUAUAAAUGGGGGCAAUAGACACAUAGUACCUAGAACUCGUGUACACAUUGAACAAUGCAGUGGUUCAAGAAGGUCCAAGUGCGUGCACCUGAGCAGGUGGGAAAAAUGGUGUCACAACUGUCGACACCUGGACGUGAAUCGAUGCGUCGAUGAGCAGGGCUGAAAGAGUGUCAGCUCUUGUGGGUCGACGUUCAUCGGGAUUAGAUUCCUCACCCCGACACCACCUACGGCUACGUGAUUAUAUGGCCACCACAGUCGGGCCGGACGGACGUCCUCACUAUGUCUACACAAUCAGUGGUGUCCGUGUCGAAUUUCCGGCCAAAGCUUAUCCCUCGCAGAUUGCCAUGAUGGAUAAGGUGAUACGAGGAUUGCAGCGUGGCCAACAUUGUCUACUAGAGAGUCCGACCGGAUCCGGCAAAACAUUGGCCUUGUUGUGUGCCAGUCUGGCGUGGCAAAGAGCGGAAGCAGAAAAUGUCCGAAAGUUCAACGAAGCCGUCGAAGCCAGCGCGCGGGCCAACCUCAAAUCGGUCCCAAUCCAAUCAGCUGAUGCCACCGAGACUCAACUGGGCUUACCGUCGUCGGCAAACUGGAACACUCGAGAGCCCAUCAAGAGCGAGUCGGUUUAUUUGGCAGACAACUCGAAUGUGAAGGAGGAAUCGGUCAGCGACAUGUCGGCCUUUUAUUCUGAUGACAACAGCGAUGACGAUUUCAAAAUGCCGACCAAGAAAAGAACCAAGAUGUCGAAAUCGCCGCCAGGAAGGGCGGCCAUUCGGCCAGCAGCUGGAACGGCAGUCAAAAUGGAGGACGUGAAGAAGGAGAGAGUAACGUUGUCGACGGAUGGACAGGUCGAGUCACCUGCCGAACAAGCGUUCAUUCAACGCAAGCAAAGGAUUCCCAAGAUUUUUUUCGGAACGCGGACGCACAAGCAAAUCACUCAAGUGGUCAAAGAAUUUCGCCGCACCGUCUACUGCAAUACGCCGAUGGGCGUGUUGGCCAGUCGGGAUCACACUUGCAUCCACCCUCAGGUGUCGCGUUCCGCCAACAAAAACGAAGGUUGCAAAACGUUAAAUGACCGCCGGUUGGCCCGACAGGAUCCGCAGCAAAAGGGUGGAUGUUCCUAUCGUUGGCAAGGCAAAGAAAAGCUCAAAACGCAAGGACAAAUUCGCAGUUAUGGCUUGGACAAAGGCUGGGAUAUCGAAGAUCUGGUUAGUUUAGGUCGACGAAUUCGCGUUUGUCCGUACUACGGUUCGCGCGAUUUAGCGGAGCAAGCGCAGAUCGUGUUUAGCCCUUACAAUUACCUGAUUGAUCCGAGGGUGCGUCGGUCAAUGAAGAUCCCUAUUGAUAAGAAUGUCAUCAUCCUCGAUGAAGCGCAUAAUAUCGAAGAUUGUGCCCGCGAAUCGGCAGGCGGUUCUUGGUCGCAAGAGGAUUUUCAUUUGGCCCUCAAUGACUGCGAAAAAAUUGGCAACCGGCACCCAACAAUGGAAAGAGAAAUCGAUCAGCUGGCCCAAUUCUGCUCGUACAUGAUGCAAUGGAUCGGCAAACACGCACCGAAGAUGAAGAGCGUCGGCUUUGACCGCGAAGUUCACGUCAUGACGGGCACGGAAUUUGUAGCCAAUUUGAGUGUCGAUGGUUACGGUCCGGAACCGUUGGCCGAACUGAAAAAGAUCAUCGACUACAUCUUCAGCGAACAACUCGAGUCGGACUACAACGACAAGGAGGAGAAUGAAGAGCCGCAGUUGUCGGCCGUCACUCAGGCUCUGCUCGAAGGAUUUCUCAUGAUUGUCGAUUUGAUGUUGAGUGGCAAUCACGUCCGCCGUGACGACUACCGAGCUGUCGUCGUCCGUACUGUUGAGAGGAAACAGAAAAAAGGAGCAGGGUCAUCAUUUUUUGGCAAAGCCAACAUCGCGUCGCAAUGGACGUACGCCCUCAAUUUGUGGUGUCUCAAUUCGGCCGUCGUGAUGCACGAAAUCAAGGAGAGUACGCGCUCCAUCAUCGUCACGUCAGGUACGCUGUCACCCAUGGCUUCGUAUCAGUCUGAACUCGAUAUCGAUUUCAAACUGACUCUGGAGGCCAAUCAUGUCAUUCCGGCCCAACGGGUCUGGAUUGGCACCAUCUCGCAAGGACCUAAAAACAGUCUGCUCAACGGAACCUUCAAGGUUACUGGCACUUUCGAAUAUCAGGAUGAACUGGGCCGGUUGUUAUUGUCCGUUUGCCAGACGAUUCCGCACGGUGUCUUGUGUUUCCUGCCCUCUUACAGCCUGUUGGAAAAGCUCGUCGCCCGGUGGCAGGACACUGGUCUGUGGCAACAUUUGUCCACCUUGAAAACGAUUGUGUGCGAGUCUCGAGAUUCGCGCGAUUUCGAAGAAACGUUGAAGAGUUUCUAUUCGGCCAUCGAAGACAGCGAAAAUGCCUUGAGCUGCAAUUUGAACGGCUCGUGCGAGUUGUCCGAUGAAAGUCCCGGGAAAAAGAAAAGUGACUUUCCCAGCGGGGCCGUGAUGCUGGCCGUGUGUCGAGGGAAAGUCAGCGAAGGGUUGGACUUUACCGACAAUAACGCACGAGCUGUCGUCUGUGUUGGCAUUCCCUUUCCUAAUUUCAAAGACACUCAAGUCGAACUUAAACGGCAGUACAAUGACAAAUUAUCGGCCACUACUCCUUUGCUCAACGGAAGUGAGUGGUAUGAGAUUCAAGCCUUCAGGGCAUUGAAUCAAGCACUUGGUCGGUGCAUCAGGCACAAAGCCGAUUGGGGAGCCAUUCUACUUGUGGAUGACCGUUUUGCAAAAACGCCGCGAUACGUCAACCAGUUGUCCAAAUGGGUCCGCUCUUCUAUUCGCCACUUUAAUUGUUUCCCACCCAUGUUAAAUUCGCUAAAAGAAUUUGCGGAUAAUUUUGUGGCCGAAGAUGCUGCUUCUUUAAUUGCCAGCCAGCAGCAAUUGAUUCUAUCUACGCAGCAAGAAUCUCAAUCGUCUACUGCCAUGGUCGUUUCCUCGCCGUAUUUUGACAGAUCUAGUGCUGCCGCCGCUGUGGCCGUCUCAUCGCCGCAAGUAGUUUACGUAUCGGAAGACGAGGGCAAUUCCCUUCUAUCUGAAAAUGAUAUUUCAGUAGUUGAACCUUCGCCGGUGAAAAUCAACCCACGUUCGCACGAGAUGAACGCAACACCCGUCAGGCCUCCUUAUAGUAAAACGGCGCCUGUUGCUGCUCUGCAUCCGCAAGAGAUGAAGGCGGCGCCUGUCCGGCAUUCCCUGGCCGGCAAGAAACCCUUUGCGACUUUGUUAGGAAACUCAAACAAAUUGUCGAUGUCGCAGAGAAAAUUGGCUGCCGAAAACGGGUCUCACUAUUUCCAAUUCAUGGACCCAACUUCCGGAAAUAGUAAAUUUUCUUAAAUCAGUACCUUAGUGCACAUGAUACUUCUAUGUUCCGCCAUGCCAUAUUCAACAUUUCUUAUUAUCCGUCUUUCAAACACUUUCUAGUUUUCAUUUGGUUGCCGAUAAAACGUACUUUUGAUUUUGUAAAAAUCAUUAUACUGAUUGCCUUUA